ACUAAUAAUCCCUUCUUCUCUCUUUCUCUUUCCCUUUUCUUCCACCCUGGCAUCCUCGUCCGUACUUUGUCCCUCCCUUCUCUUCUCUCUCCUCUCAAUUCUGGUUUACCCGUUACCGGUUCAACCAGUCACCCAAUUAAAUUACUCCUCUCUAUCACCCCAAACCCAACCCCGCACACGUGUGUUGUCCAGAGAGGAGGAGCCUGCCUGCCUUGCACUGUUCCAUCCAUGACCAUCCGCACGUGCCACCUCUCCCAUACUAUUCCUCCUUUCUGUGGUGCAACACAUUAAAAGUUGAAGAGAGAGAAACCAAGAAAACACAAGCUACACACACAGAGAGUGUGAUAAAGAGAAAUUGAUAGACACAGAGAGAGAGAGAAACACCAUUUAUUUUUUUCCCUUCUCUAAGUCUCUCUACCUCUCUCCCUUUCCUUCGUUGUGUUUUGUAAUUUUAUUUAUUUACAGUAUACGAGUCUUCUGCUUAAUUUCUAUUCAUAAUUAUUGUAUAAUUAGAUAAAAGUUUGACUGUGGGAGAGAGAGAGAUCAUUGUUUUUUUUUUUUUCUGUUACUAAAUCUAUUGGGACAAACCCAGUAGAGUCAAUCUUAUCUUGAAUCGAUGAGGAUCCGUAAAAGACAGGUGCCGUUUCCUCUCUCUUCACUCUCGCCGAUACCUAUCUCAGAUCCCCUCAUCAACCUCAAUCAGCCACCACCUGUGGUGGUGCAACUCUAUCACUACGAUCCCUCUCGAAACGACGCCGUCAAUCUACAUCCACAAGGGAAUCCUUCUCGGGAGCCUUAUCCAGCUACUCACUUCACUCCUCAGCCGUCUGAUCGUCCCGUGAAUCAUCGUCUAUCGCCGAUCGGGGCAGGAAAUAUAAACAGAAGAACCGACGGCUGUGAUUUCUCUGAUGCCGACAACAGAAAUGAUCACAAGGAUACGAUGAACAACAAGAAAAAGGAGGAUCGUUUGGAAUUAUUUUUAAAAGACGGAGAAGAUAAUAAUAAGGGUGAUGAUAUCAGCAAGGGAAGCACCCCAAGUGCAGAAGCGAAUUCAAGGUUUAGUUUCCCGGAGUCAACCAUUUCUAGUACUUCUCCUUCUCAAGUGGUGAUGAAGACGUCGUAUUGGUGCGAAGGAGAGAAAGUUUUCCCACUGAAAAAGAGAAAAGGGAGUUUUCUACCAGGAGAAGAAGAAGAUGGUAAUUAUCAUGAUUAUCAUCAUAAGGAGCAACAUAAUAAGAAGAUCACCACUAACGUGAUCAAGACAGUCAAAGCUAAAACAGCCCAGAAGAAAGAAAGUAAUUCUUCUCGUAAAAACGACGACAUUUCAAACCAACAACAAUAUGAUGAUGAUCAUCAUAAUCAGCAUAAUCAUCAACUUGGUAGUAAUAACAGUGGAAAAAGCAACAAGAAAGGUCGAGGUGGUGCACUCGUGGAGGGUUCGAGGUGCAGUCGUGUUAAUGGAAGAGGGUGGAGGUGUUGCCAGCAAACUCUCGUGGGUUACUCUCUUUGCGAACACCAUUUGGGCAAAGGACGGCUUCGGAGCAUGACCAGCGUCAGGAGCCGAUCCAUGUUAGCUAAAUCAUCACCAUCAUCAUCUUCAGCUGCAACGGCGAUAACAACAGCCCAGAUGGGCUCAUUACAUGAGGUGAAGCAGGAGAAAGAGCCGAAGCUUCAUCGUAAUGUUGAGAGAAUGAUAAGAGAUAGUAUUAUAAUCAAUGAAGAAGAUGACGACGAGGAUGAUGACGAGGAUGAUUACGAUGACGAUGAUGAUGAUGAGGAUUAUGGAGAACAUGAUUUCGAGAAGAAUAAGAAUAAGAAUAAGAAGAAACCGUUGAGGAUUGCGAAUAAGAAGAGGGUGAAGCUCGGGAUGGUGAAGGCUCGAUCUAUCAGCAGCUUACUUGGUCAGACCAACAGUUGUACAACAAGUACAGGUACUACUGGUGCAAUUUCCAUGGCGGAUAGUAAAUAUUAAGCAAGUAAGUAUAGUAGUCCUAGCUAGAGAGUACGUUAAUAAUAAAUUACAUGAAACACAUGAUAUAAUGUGCAUUAAUAUAUUCAAUCAUCUACUGUGUAUAUCUCUGUGUUACAUGUUAUAGAUCUCAAAGUGCUAUAGGGAUCUAGAUAGAGAGAUUGAAGAUGUCGACGUGACGAAACACUGAACCUGGUGCAACUAUAUGGUUUUGUUUGUGAUCUAAUGAUGAUUAUAGUUUAUUUUAUUUUAAUAUAUAUAUUAUUAUAUGGAUAGGCA